AUGCCUCCGCCCUCCAACACGAACCACCUGCCUUCGACCCAUCCCGCGACACGACAGAGACCCAAAUCGCCCAACAGAGUGCUCGCGGAGGCCGAAGCGCAAUGGCUCUUCACCGAGGCCGAGCUGGCCAACACGCCCUCCAUCCAGGACGGCAUGUCGCAGGCAGAGGAGAAGGAAGUCCGGGCUAAGGGCGUCAACUUCAUCGUCCAGGUCGGCAUCAUGCUGAAGCUGCCGCAGUUGACUCUCAGCACCGCCUCCAUCUUCUUCCAGAGAUACCUCAUGCGCGCGAGCUUGAAGCAAGAGCGCGAUGGCAUCCCGAAACUUCACCACUACCAGGCUGCAGCCACGGCCCUGUUUCUGGCUACCAAGGUGGAAGAGAGCUGUCGCAAGAUGAAGGAGCUGAUUGUGGCUUUUUGCCGAGUGGCUCAGAAGAAUCCAAAUCUACUCGUGGACGAACAGAGCAAGGACUGGUGGCGGUGGAAAGAUUGCAUAAUGUACCACGAGGAUGUUCUGCUGGAGACGCUCUGCUUCGACCUCACGGUGGAGUCCCCGCACCGCCAGCUGUUCGAGAUGUUGAAGUACUACGGCGUCGAGCACAACAAGCGACUCAGGAAUGCCGCCUGGGCGUUUGUCACAGACAGCAACAACACCCAGCUGUGUUUGCUCUGCAGCAGUAGAGCGAUUGCGGUUACCAGUCUCUACGCUGCAUGCAAAUACUGCAACAUCGCUCUACCGGACGACGCGAAAGGCCGACCUUGGUGGGAGGGACAGCAAGUGCGACUGAAGGAGAUUCGGCGCGCCAUGGAGUACAUGAGCGCUAACUACGACCAUACUGCAAACAAGGUCAAUGGUAUUGCGGCGAGUGGAGGGUCAGAAGGGAACGGAUCCAUAUACGUGGGCCUGUCAACACCCGCUCUGGACGGCGCGAAUGAUGGCUGGGACAGCACUCGAGCCAAAGACGACACUCAGGAAUCACUUUCGCCAUGUCCUCCACCUGGCAGCCAAAGACGAGCUAGCAAUGCCAGCAGUACCGGCACCAAGCGGAGUCGCGACGAGCGGGAGGCACCGACGAAUGGAGAUAAAGCUCAUAGCGAGACUGCAGGCGAUGACAGGGACAACAAGCGGCCAAGACUUGAGGAGGGAAUUGAGUCAAAUGGCAUUGUUGUUCCAAAGCCAGAGACCGCCGCUGAUGCUGCCAGUGCUGAUCCGAUACGUCAGGAAGAGGAGCUUCGGGUCGAGAACGGCAACAAGCAGUCUGCCGAAGAUGUCAAGGCUCAGGAAGCGUCUGAAGAGCGAAGUGGCCAUGAAGCUCCACCAAAGCUGACACCACCAAAGUCUGCGAAAGGCGGCAAGUCAGCUGCUGAAGAGGGAGAAGUCAGUGAAGAAGGCGAAGUGGGAGAAUAG